AUGCUCGAGGCGAACGGCGUGUCGAAGGUGAAGCUGUUCGACGCGGAUCCGAACGCGCUGACGGCGCUGGCGAACUCGGACGUGGAGGUGAUGGUGAUGGUGCGCAACGAGUUCCUCGAGGGCAUGGCCGUCAAGCAGGAGAACGCCGACAACUGGGUCUACAACAACCUGCUCGACAUCCUCCCCACCGGCGUCAAGAUCACGUCCGUGUCGGUGGGAAACGAGCCGUUCCUCAAGUCGCGGCACGACUACGACAAGUUCCUGGCGCCGGCGGUGGCAAACAUGUACCGCGCGCUACAGAAGGUGGAGCUGGAGCAGCGCAUCAAGAUCACCGUCUCCUUCAACACAGACAUCAUCAAACCCAAGGACGACCCCGCCCAGGGCGAAUUCCAGGACGUCUGGCUGGAGCAGAUUAAAGCCAUCGCCAAGGUUAUCAACGACACCGGGUCGUUCUUUUCUGUGAAUAUCUACCCGUUUUUUUCGUACAAGGACACGCCGCAGAUUCCGAAGGAUUUUAUUUGGUUUGAUAACCCCGGGCAGGCGUGCGUGGUGUAUGACAAGAAGACCCAGACGCAGUACUGCAACAUCAUGGACUCGUCGUAUGACGGCGUGGUGUAUGCCCUGGAACGCAUCGGGUACCCCAAUAUGGAGGUGGUAAUCGGAGAAGCCGGCUGGCCGAGUGACGGCCACCCCAACGCCACAGUAGCCCUCGCGCAGUCCUACAACAACGGGCUCCUGCGCCACCUGCUCUCCGGCAAGGGCACGCCGCACCGCCCCAACCGCCUCUUCACCUUCUACAUCUUCGACCUCUUCGACCAGGACGCCAAGAGCACCGCUCCUGGCGCCUUUGAGCGCCGCUGGGGCGUGUAUGACGACUACGGCCGGGCCAAAUACCCGCUGGAUCUCUCCGGGGGGAAGGGGUGGAAGCUCGCCGCGAUCCCGAACGUCGCCCGGCUGCGCCCGCGCUGGUGCCUUGCGAACGAGGCGCUGUAUACGGAGAAGGGCGCGAGUGCCGCGGUGGUUGACGCGCAGUUCUCCUCGGCGAUCUCCACGGUUUGCGGGAAGAGCGACGCGGGGGAUUUCGCGGAUAGGGCGGACUGCACGCCGCUGAUGAUGCGGCUGUCCACUCCUGGCCUGCAAUGCGCUGCUAAAGGCGCCAGCCAGACUCUCCUGGCCAACGCCUCGUAUGUUCUCAACGCGGUUUAUCAGCUGUCGGGGCAGCAGGAGGCUGUGUGCACAGAUCAGGGCCUGGGCGUGGUUGUGAGUGACCAGGACCCGUCGACGGGGAGUACUGGGGGAGGUGACAACUGCACGUAUGAGCUGGGACUGGAUAUGGAUGCGAUGAAGGCGUAUACCCAGCCGAGUAAGGCCUUCUCGUGGAAGGUUCUCGGGUAUAUUGUGGCGCUGGUGCUGGUGCUGGCGAAUAUGCUGUGA